AUGAUUUCCUUGCAGGUGCAGCCCUUACCGCACGAACAGUUGCCAUCGCAGGCCAACACCAACUCUUUGGGUCCGCCAAUCAUUUUUGCACAGAUUUUGCUUCCAGUAUUGAAGUCAAUUGUCAGCAGUGGGUCCGGCAAUCAAUUAGACUCCGGAGACUUUUAUAGCCAGACAAUCACAAUGACGUUAAACAUGGGACCCAAUGUUUCCUUAGGGAUUUGCGACGAGUCGACCACUGAUGGCACUCUUCAUUUCGGUGAUAAUGUCUUGGAUUCGUUGGACAAAUGCUGGCAAAUGGAGCCCAAAAUGAAAGAACCCUAUUAUGAAUGCCUGAACCAGAAAAUGGAUAAUCAAACUAAUAAUUCAAGUGAUGGACAGAUAGAGCACAAGAAUAAUAACCAGGAAAUGGAUACUGAUAUCGAUAAGGGUCUGAAAAUGUUGGAUUGUCUGAAACAAGUGAUGAAUGUAUCGAUCAAUUCAACCAACGAUCGAGAAAUUCUAGACCUUUUGUGCGAUAAAUCUCUGCGUAAAGAGUCGUUUGAAUCGGAAGACGGAAAUGAGACACAAAAAGUGGUCCAAUAUUUCCAAUUUGAUUUAACUGUUGAUUCCAUAAUACAAAAGUGUCAAAAGUCUAAUAAAAUAAAAGUCAAAGAUUUUUACGGCAGUUUAGCGGCCGAUAAACUGCGAGACGUUGUGGUAAACAAUAAGACUGUCAACUGA